CAAAACGGGUGUUUUUGUUGGAGCUAGUUUUUCAGAAGCUGAAAAAGCUUGGUUUUAUGAACUCAUUUUACCUGGUGGAUUCGGAAUAACUGGGUAAAUAUUGAAACAAAUUUCAAUGUUGUCGUGCAAUGAUGGCAAACCGUAUUUCGUAUUGUUUAGGAUUGAAUGGACCUUCGUACUUAGUGGAUUCUGGCAGUAAUUCUUCACUUCAGUGCCUAACUGCAGCCUACAAUAGUCUAAGGAACGGCGAAAUUGACGCUGCUAUUGUUGGUGGAGCAAAUAUUAUUCUAUUUCCUUAUAUAGAUUUGCAUUUUAAAAAUUUAGGUGCUAUUUCAGAAGACGGAAUCACACGACCGUUCGAUCAAUUUUCAUCAGGCUACAAUCGAUCUGAAACUGUAGCUAGUGUUUUAUUACAAAGAAAACGGGAUGCUAAGCGAAUCUAUGGUCAGUUAAUUCAUGCCAGGUGUAACUAUGAUGGGUAUAAAUCUGAUGGUAUAGCUCAAUUUUCAACUACAGCCAAGAAGGAGCUUCUUAAUGAAUUUUAUAAUGAAAUAAAGUUUAAUCCUAGUGAAUUGGGUUACAUUGAAGCUAAUGCGAAUGGUGUUCCAAAUGAGGAUAUAAGUGAGUGUGAAAUAAUAGAUACUACUCUAAGCAAAUAUAGGAAAGAACCACUUAUGAUCGGUUCCGUUAAAUCAAAUAUUGGCCACACUGAUGCCGCUUCUGGAAUAGCUGCUAUUGUAAAAUGCUGUUUAGCACUUAAAAAUAAAAAGGUACCUCCCAAUUUAAAUUUUACUGAGCCACGUAAAGAAAUAGUGUCUAUUCGCGAUGGAAGGUUGAAAGUUGUGAAAGAGAUUGAGCCACUUAAAGCGCCAUAUAUCGGUGUAAACUCAUAUAGCUUGACUGGUGAAAACUCACAUGCGUUAUUUAAGGCAUAUGAAAAACCGAAAGUUAAUAAAGGGUUACCGGAAGAUAACUUACCAAGAAUCAUUAAUUGGUGUGGUAGAACAGAAGAGGGUGUGGAAAAUGUUUUCCGCGAACUUGAAGGCAAACCACUUGAUGCUGAAUACAUAGCUUUAUUACAUGAAAUAAGUUCUACGUCUAUUUCUGGAUACCUCUUUCGCGGUUACGGGUUAUUGGCUAAAGAUCAAAAUAAUAAUGGAAAAAUUUUGGUGAAGGAUGUUCAACAUCAUUCAGGCCUUCAAAGACCAGUUGUGUGGGUAUUUAGUGGAAUGGGAUCACAAUGGACAGGAAUGGGCACAGCUUUAAUGGAAAUUCCUGUGAUUCGGCAAUCAUUAAUUAGAUGCAGCAAAGCGCUUGAACCUAAAGGUUUAAAUUUAAUUGACAUUUUAACAUCUAAAGAUCCUAAAACUUACGAUAAUAUUCUACAUUCUUUUGUUGGAAUAGCUGCUAUUCAAAUUGCUCUCGUCGAUUUGUUAAAGUCUUUAAAUUUAGAGCCCGAUUAUAUUAUUGGGCAUUCUGUUGGGGAAUUAGGAUGUGGUUAUGCUGAUGGUGGGUUCACUCCUGAACAAAUGAUCCUCUGUUCCUAUUCUCGUGGAAAAGUUAGCCUCGAGACUGAAAAGAUUGUGGGAUCAAUGGCUGCAGUUGGUUUAGGUUAUAAACAAAUCAUUAAUAUUCUACCAUCAACAAUUGAGGUAGCUUGUCAUAAUAGUCACGAAUCAAGUACUAUUUCCGGACCAGCUGAAGAAAUUACAAAAUUUGUAAACCAGUUAAAAUCGAAAAAUAUAUUUGCAAAAGAGGUACCAUGUUCCAAUAUUGCUUAUCAUUCAAAAUAUAUUGCUAAAAUGGGACCAAAUCUACUAAAAUAUUUAAAACAAAUAAUUCCGGAUCCUAAGUUACGCUCUAAAAAAUGGUUAUGCUCAAGUGUACCAGAAAAUAGCUGGAACAGUCCUGAAGUACAAUUUUGUUCUGCAGAAUAUCACACAAAUAAUUUAUUAAACAGUGUUUUAUUUGAAGAAACUGCAAACUUAUUACCGAAAGAUGCACUUUGUAUUGAAAUAGCGCCCCAUGGUUUACUUCAAGCAAUCUUAAAAAGAUCAAUGCCAAAUGCUAUACAUAUUGGACUUACUCAGAGAGGAAAUGAAAAUAACCAUCACUUUUUACUACAGUCUUUGGGAAAAAUAUUUUUGAAUGGAGUAGACAUGCCAGUACAAAAUAUUUAUCCAAAAGUAGAUUUUCCAGUUUCAAAUGGAACAAAAAGCAUUUCUCCCUUAGUAUCAUGGGAUCAUACUGAUAAUUGGUUUGUUACAGAAGUUAGUGAAGACAAGAUCACAAAUGAAAGAACAUUAAAGAUUAGUUUACAAAAAGAAGAAUACAAAUUUCUUUAUGGAUAUAAAAUCGACAACAGAGUUGUGGUACCACCAAUGUUCCUAGUUCAAAUUGUUGCCGAUUUUUAUGUUUUCUUACACAAAGCGAAUUUAAUGGAAACAGGAAUUCAGUUUGAUAAUAUUAAAAUAAAAAAAUAUUUAUUUUUAACUGAAAGUGAUGAAAUCGAUUUACAUUUAAUGAUACAUCCCGGAAGUGGACACUUUGCUAUAACUCAAAAUGAAAUUGCUGUAAUAGAAGGUCGUAUCUCGAUGUUGUUGGGAACUGAUGAAAUUACAAAUAUUAGUAAGACUGUGAACCGCUCCACGACACCUAAUUUAUCAUCAGACGAUUUUUAUAAGGAGCUUCAACUUAGAGGUCAAGAAUAUACUGGAAUAUUUCGAAGUGUAAUAGAGGCACGUGGUGAUGGUUCAAAGGGAAAAGUGAAAUGGAAUGGUUUUUACUUUUCCUUUCUUGAGUCGCUAGUACAAACUGCUAUGAUUUGUACUGACACAAGAGAUCCUAUGCUAGUAUCUAAUAUUCGUGAACUGAAACUUUUUGGAAAACAACAUUUAGAUGCUUUGAUUACCAAUGAAAUUUUCUGUUUCGAAAAUAGCAAAAUUUACAAAAAAAUUGUUUCAGGCGGUGUUGAAAUUUCUGGUUUGGAAACAAAACAUAUCAGUAGAAAGCAAAUAACUUUUGAACCAAAUUUAAGUAUAAAUCAAUUUAUUCCGAAUUUUCCAAGUCCAUUAUUGAGUAUUUCUGAUGCUGUUCGUUGUUGUAUUCAAACAGCAACUGAAAACUUUUCCUUAUCUGAUGGAAAAAUGAAAGUUGUUGAGUUUAUAAAUGAAAAUCAUGACGCAGAACCAUUGGUGAAGUAUUUUGUUGAAGAAUUUGAAAAUGCUGUAAAAGUUAAUGGACAAUGUUUCUUAAUUACCGACCAGGAUGUUAGUUUACCUAAAGUUCAAAUUGAAGAAGGAUCUAUUUGCAAUCAUAUCAACUGUUCAUUCAUUGUUUUGACCAAUGCUUUAGAUAACGUUUCCUUAGCUGAUGAAGCUGCUAAAUCUUUACUAGAUGGUGCGUUUAUGAUAUCACGUGAAACUUUAAGAGGAAAUAUAAGAACGAAAAAAUUGCCUAUUGGAUUCAAUUGUGUGGCAAUAUUAAAUACUGCCGAAGAAAUUUUAAUUUUGCUAAAAAAAGUAAAGCGUGUUAAAACUUCUGGAGAUACCAUUGCUAUAAAAGUUUCUGAAUUUGAUCCUUCAUGGAUUUCUAAUGUUAAAAAUAUGGAAGAUAAAGCGAAAAUUGUGUUGUAUACAGAAAAUGAAAAAUAUACGGGUAUUUUAGGAAUGGUGAACUGCUUGAAAGAUUUGAAUGGCCAUGCAAACAUAGUAUCUUUCGUUUUUAUCGAAGAUAAAAACGCUCCAAAGUUUAGUUUAAACAAUGAUUUUUAUAGAAGACAAAUCGAUUUGGGAUUGACAGUGAAUAUAUUUAAAGAUGGACAAUGGGGAUCUUACAAAGAUCUAAAUCUAAAGGACAUUUCAUUAAAUAUAAAUAAUUUUUAUGCAGAUAUUGACCAACCUGGAAACCUAGAAUCGUUGAAAUGGUACCAAAAGAAUAAUUACAGGCAUGAAAAUAUUAUAGAAGUUUUGUUUGCAACAAUUAAUUCGCGUGACAUUGCAUUAGCUACAGGACGCAUUCCAAAAGAUAUGUAUGGUAAAAACCGUAAAGAUCAUGCAAGUUUAUUUGGAGUAGAAUAUUCAGGGGUUGAUCUUGCUUCUAAAAAACGUGUAAUGGGUAUUGCAAAUAAAAAUGCUUUAUCAUCAUACAUUGAAUAUUCGAAUUCAAAAUGUAUUUGGAAUAUUCCUACUCAUUGGACGUUAGAGGAAGCAGCCACUGUACCAUAUGUAUAUACUAUGGUUUAUUAUGCUUACUUCCAUAUAAUUAAAAUUGAAAAAGGUUUUUCAAUUUUGAUACAUGAAGGAGCAUCAGAUCUUGGUAUAGCUGCUAUUAGAAUCGCUAUUGCAAGUGGUUUAAAUGUAUUUACAACAGUUCGAAAUGAAGAACAGAAGACAUUUUUACUUAACAUGUUUCAAGAUUUUAAAAAAGAGCAAAUAAGUAGUUGUUUAGAUAUUGAUUUUGAAGAAAUGAUUCAAGAUAAAUUAGAUUAUGGAGUUAAUUAUGUCUUAAACACACUGUCAGGUGAAGGAAUGUUAACAUCUCUUCGUUGUUUAUCAAAGCAAGGUCACAUGCUUCAAUUUGAUAGAUAUGAUAUAUCAGAGAAUAAUACUUUUGGAAUGGGAGAUUUUUUGAAAGAAAUAACAUUACAUACUAUUUCUAUAGAAAAAUUUUUGUCAGAAUCUGAUGAAAAAAUAUUGAAAAUUCACAAUUUGAUUCAGGCAGAUAUAGAUAAUGGUAUUGUUAUUCCAUUACCAUUAAAAUGUUUUGAUGCAGCAGAAUUGAAAGAAGCGUUUACUUUAGCAGCAAAGUUAGAGCAUCACUGCAAAAUUGUAUUUAAUAUGAAACAUCAAUCAAUUAACAAUAUUAUUGGUCAAGUUUACUUUGAUCCUGAUCUCAGUUACAUUGUUUGUGAUGAUCUAAAAGUAUUUGGGGUAGAAUUUAUUGAUUGGAUGAUUAUGCGUGGUGCAAAGAAUAUAUUGUUACAUUCUAAAGAACAGAAUGAUUUUCAAGCUAAUAAAAUCGCAAUAUGGAAAACAUACGGAGUAAAUUUACUUUUAAGCUAUGAAGAUAUCACAACAAAGAAAGGAUGUUUGUCUUUACUUGAAUCUAGCAAAAAACUACUAGGACCAGUAGGUGGAAUAUUUAAUUUAAAUAAUUUUAAUGUUGAUAAGAAAUUUACUUGGGAAUUAGCUGAAGAACAUAUAAAUGAGCUUAUACCACAAAUCAAUAAAAUAAAAUUUUUAGAUGAACUAUCUUCAUCAUCAUGUCCAAAGUUAAAGUAUUUUGUAAUAGUAACAAAUUAUUGCAAUGAUUCUAUCGAUAAAUUAACGAACAGUAUGUUGUGUUCAAUUUAUGAGCAGCUUGUAGAAAAUCGUAAUGCAAGAAAUUUACCAGCGAAAAUUUUAACUUUUGGUGCUGUAGAACAUGAAAGCACAAAUGUUGAUGGUUGUAUAACUCAACCAAUUCGUUCUUGUUUAAACACUUUAGACAAACUUCUUCUUACAAACUGCAAUAAAACAAGAAGUUUAAUUGUAGAUAAAGUAGAAAAUUUUGACUUGAAAGGGAAUCAAUCAAAUGUCUAUGACGAAAUUCUAAAUUUAACUGGAAUUUCUGAUGAAAUUAUAAUAACAAAUGAAAGGAAAAAUCUUUCUGACAUCGGUAUAAAUCCUUUUAUAGCAAUUCAAAUACAAAAAUUAUUGGAUGAAAAACUAAAUUUAAAUUUAUCAUUUACGGAACUCAAUAAAAUGAACUUACAAAAAAUAAAAAGUUUAACUUCAACGGAACGAAAAAGUAUAGUUCAUCAAACAAAAUUAAAACUAAGCAACGAUAGAAAAGUUAAAGGUGUGUCAGCUUUAUUGGCAGAUUUUAGAGAAAUUCCUAUAAAUGCAGAAACACUAGUUGAGAUACCAAAUAAAUCUAUUGAAAAGGCAACACCGAUUAUUGUAAUUCCUGGAAUUGAAGGAAUCGUAUCUAGUGUUUGGUAUAAUGCGGUUAAAAAUUGGAAUUCUUAUCCUAUUGCCUUACAAUUUAAUACAAUAAAAAGUGUUAAAUCAAUCGAAGAAAUAGUUCAAUCAAUUUUCAAGGACAUUCGUCAUGUCUUGCGGAAAACAACGAAAUUUUUCUUUGUCGCAUAUUCUUUUGGUUCUAUGUUAGCCAUAGAAUUAGCAUCGAUGCUAGAAAAACAUAAUUACAAAGGCAAGAUUUUAAUAAUUGAUGGAGCACCACAUUUUAUGAAACAGUUGCUUAAAAAUACUGAUAAUAGUGAAAUGUCGGAUGCAGAAAUUUUUGAUCAAGUUCUUUCUAUAAUUUUAAGCCAAUUCGAUAAUCAACCAUUAGAUAAACUGUUGACUGAAUUCAGUAAUAUUGUAACAUAUAACGAGAAAUUGAACAGAUUUAAAGAUUAUAUAAAAUUACAAAGUAAUUAUGCAGAAGAAUAUGCGUUGAAUGCAGUUCAAGAUGCGUUUAAUCGUAUACAAAUGAUUAAAAAAUACAAAGGAUUAAAUAAUAAGAUAAACUGUCCUAUAAUGCUAGUUAAACCCAAAGAAGUUUCAAUCAUUGAUAUUGAAGAGGAUUAUAAUUUGUCAGCGAUAACAACCAGCACUGUUGAAAUAAAAUAUCUCCAAAGUAAUCAUUUUACUAUUAUGGAAAACGAAGAGCUUGGAAAUUUGAUUAAUGACUUUAAUCCAAAUCGUGAUGAACAACAAAAUUUUCAGGAAUUUUUAACUAGUGGACGAAAAUUUGAAACAGAUAAUAACUGAAUUCAAAAACCUAUUCUUGUUGGUGGUUGG